UUCAACACGUGAAGAAUUAGGCGCAGCAUGGUCAUGGAGAACAAGUUCAAGAAACGUGGUCAAAAGCCUGGAAAGGGUCGUUCAUCAAAAUUGAAACACAAUAAAAAGGGUAAAAAUGAGGACAAGUUGGCUCUCAAGAAAAUGCAACUGGAAAGAAAAGAGAUUAAUGAGCUUAUGGAACAAUACAGUCAGAUUGAUACCCAGAAAAUAGAGUCGUUCUCUGACUUUCCGCUGAGUAAAAGAACGCUGUCCGCUCUCGAGGAAGCUGGCUACAAGGUCCCGACCGAGAUCCAGAGAGGAGCUAUAGGUCUGUCACUACAGGGCCAUGACGUCCUUGGAGCAGCGAAGACGGGCUCGGGCAAGACUCUAGCAUUCCUUAUCCCAAUUUUGGAGUGUCUGUAUCGGAACUCCUGGUCGGUGCCCGAUGGUCUUGGCGCUCUUGUCAUUUCACCCACGAGGGAGCUAGCUUAUCAGACGUUUGAAGUACUCUGUAAAGUAGGAGCAAACCAUGACUUCUCUGCAGGGCUCAUCAUUGGGGGAAAGGAUUUGAAGACAGAGAUGGAGAGGAUUCCAAAGACAAACGUGGUGGUGUGUACUCCGGGUAGACUCCUGCAACACAUGGAUGAAACAGCCUGCUUUGAGAGUCUCAAUCUGAAGAUCUUAGUCCUCGAUGAAGCAGACCGCAUCCUUGACCUGGGAUUCCAGAGGACGAUAGACGCCAUCUUGGAUCACCUACCAGCUGAAAGACAGACCCUCCUCUUCUCUGCUACACAAACUAAGUCCGUGCGAGACUUGGCCCGACUCAGUUUGCUGGAACCCAAGUACGUUGCGGUUCAUGAACAUCACACCCACAGUACGCCAGUUCAGCUGGAACAGAGCUACAUUGUAUGUGAGUUGGAGCAGAAGCUAGAUGUCUUGUACUCUUUCAUCAAGGCCCACAUGAAACAGAAGACACUGGUUUUCAUGUCCAGUUGUAAGCAGGUCAAAUACACGUUUGAGGUGCUCUGCAAGUUGAACCCUGGUGUGUCCGUGAUGGCGCUGUACGGCUCGAUGCAUCAGCUGAGAAGGAUGGCGGUGUACGAGGAGUUCUGCGUCAGAGAAUCGGCCGUUCUCCUGGCCACGGACAUCGCCGCUAGAGGAUUAGAUUUUCCCGCAGUCAACUGGGUGGUGCAGUUGGACUGCCCUGAGGACUCCAGCACCUACAUCCACCGAGUGGGGCGGACGGCCAGGUACGAGAAGGACGGUGAGGCCCUCCUCGUGCUCCUGCCGUCGGAAGAGGAGGCGAUGGUGGCCGAGAUGGAGACGAGGAGGAUCCCCAUCGAGAAGAUUGAGGUAAAUCCAAACAAGAGGUUUGCUAUAGAGAAGAAAUUACAAUCCUUCUGUGCUCAGAACUUAGAACUCAAGCAGUCAGCCCAAAGAGCCUUCAUUGCAUAUCUCAAAUCGGUCUACCUUAUGAAGAACAAGGAUAUCUUCAAUGUUCAUGUGCUGUCUCUCGACAACUUUGCAAAAGCUCUUGGUUUAGCAGUUGCACCGAGGGUGAGGUUCAUCCAGAAUGCAGAGAAGAGAAAACAGGAGCAGAUCCAGAAAUCAAACAAAAACCAACAGAGGUUAUCAGGAACCCCAUCAUCAUCCCAACCCAUCACAGAGAAAAUCCCAAAUGAAAGGACUUUACACGAAGACUCACAAAGAGAUGAGAGGAGGAAAGGAAGGAGUGAAGAGGAGAGUGAAGAAUCGGAAGAGGAGGAGGGUGAAGAGGAUUCUCCAGGAGCCGGUGGAGAUGGAGAAGGAGCAUAUGGUUUCCAUGACGAUGCUGAUGAGGAAGAAGAGGACUUGCUGGUGAAGAAACUGAAAGAUGGAGAUGCUAAAGAGGUUUCCACCGAGGAUGCCAGCGAUGAUGAUGAUGAGUUGAUAGCCCCUGGCAGACAUUCUAAGAAACCGGAUAAACCUCUCACAAAGUACGCUCUCGCAAAGAAGAUCAGGAAGAAGAACCUUCAGAUCAACACCAAGAAGGUCUUUGAUGAAGAAGGAGAGAUUGAAGCUCAGUGGCCACCAGCUCAAUCCAACGUAGCGUCUCGUCUCCAGGAGGGUGAUGAGGAGGGGGAAGGAGGAGGCAUUGACAUUGAGAAGGCCAAGAAGUUCAUGGAGGAGGAGGAUAAACAUGACAAACAGGUCUACAAAGAGCGCAUCAAACAAAAACACUUGGAAAGGAAACUAAAGGAAAAGCGGUCAAAGAAAUCAAAGAAAGAGAAGAAAGAUAGCGAUGAUGAGGAUGAAGGUGUUAGUCUUGGUAUCAGCCUGGAUGAUGGUGAUCAGGAGUUUGAUCCGAUGAGCCUUCCGGAUCCCGACGUCUGCUCUGCUUUCGUCUCUCAAGAUGACGAAGAUGGUGAUGAAGAGGGUGACGAUGAAGAAGAAGAAGGAGAAGUGAAGAAUGCUCAGAAACAAUCGCAAAGAAAAUCAAAGACUGCAUCGAGCCCCACCAAGAGGAAAACGAUCAAAGAGAAAAGCGAGAAGAAGAAGAAAAAGAAGCGGAAGAUGAUGGAUGAAGAGGAGGAUGAUGUUGCCAUGGAUACAGGAUUGUCAUUAGAGGAUGAUGAACAGCUAGCCCUUCACAUGCUCUCAGUCAACAGGUUCUGAGAUUAAAGGGGAGAAAGAGACUUUCAAUCGUUUAAUCAGUUACAAAUUAUCAACCCCGUCCCCCGAGACAGUGAUUUGCCAUUUGGUCUGCAACCAGUUCGUCUACUUCCCAAUUAGUCUGUUCCCAUAUGGUCUAAUAGUCGUGAAAUCAUAGAAAUAUAGUCAUCAAAUGAUUAUUAGACCUUGUGGAUGGUAGACGAAAUGGGCAUUAGACAAACUGGGAACUUGAAAUCAGACUUUACGGAUCUCAAAUUUCUCUCUUACCAUCUUCUAACAAUCCAAAUUCAGAAUUAGAUUCAUUAUAUUGCUGCAGAAACUUGACAUGGUUAUGGUUAUGUAUUUUCGAGUAAGUAAUAGAAAGAGAUGGAAAAUUGAGUUUAUGAUAUUUCUCAAUUCAUAUCCUUUUUGCAUGCUAAUAUAAAAUUAUGCAAGUCCUAUAGUAAACAAGAGAUACAUGUAAUACCAACUAAUCCUUCUCUCUAAAAAUUAGAACUGUUAAUUGCCUCUGUGGAAUCAAAAUAUGUUGCGAAAAAUACACCUAGAAGGUAGUCUGAUUUUCAGACCCUUCUACCGCAUAGUCGUACGUUUUGUGCCAAGUAAAGACUUGAUAAGUUUAAUUUUGUUCAUUAUAAGAAGAGAGUCAUUGAUGUGUACACAUGAUAAUGUACCCUUUACAGCUAAUUUUAUCUAUGUUAUUAAAAAGUCAGAAACAGUGUCCAGCAGUGAAGUCUAAAAAGUUAACGGUUUCUAUUGCAUAACCAGGUCACUGCUCACCGCUGAACGUUUACAUUUCACAGAUAGGACAUACAUGACAUACUCACGAUUCCUGCAAAGUUCUACAGAAUUUGAUGUUAGCUGCAAAUGGGAUACACUA